GCCGCGACUGUUCAAGAUCCUCAAUGUCCGUGCGGGUGCCAGCGGUAGGCACCAAACCCGUGCGCAAGCAGCCGAUUCGCCAUGCGUCUUACAACGACACGAGCGACGGCAGCGCCGACAGCUUCAACCCAGCCAUGUGUUCGUUAGUCGACAAGCGCGAAGUGUGCGCCGCGGUGCUGCGCGAAGGGCUCGUGCAAUCCUUCGUGGACCUAUUUUACCUCGUGCAUCGAGUGGAUACUCACGUCACGGCCGACGGACAUGAAAAGAAGGAGGCAGUGGCGAUCUCCCCUGCACAGAUGACGUUUCUCCGAGAUCACCUCACGGCAGCCGAGAAAGCCCGGCGACAAGGUGACGUAAUCCACGUGUUUGAGUCGUACGAGCGGCUCGCGGUCCAUUUCAUGAACCAACACGACCUGCGCACGGGCGUGUUCUUUUACGAAAAGUGCCUCGAAAUCGCGCGUAUCUCGCGCAACCAAGACUUUGAGCUGGCAGCGCUGGAAAACUUGGGCAACGCGUACUUUGGUCUGAAGGAGUUUGACAAGGCCAAGGACAACCUCGAAAGCCACCUCGCGCUCAUCACGACGUUGAGAGGGCCGCCGGGUGCCAUUGCGUCCAACAACAACCACACCGCCCAACCCGCCAUGGCCCAGCUGAGCAAAGUGUACGAAGAAGUCGCAAGGCAGCACGAAACCAAGGCCGAGUACGACCUCGCCAUUGGCAUCCACGCCAAAUUUCUUCGAUGCGCCCAAGAAGCCAAAGACUUGGCGAAUGUUGCGGCGGGGCAUUUCCGCAUCGGGUGCUGCUUUAACGCGAUGCACCAGCCCACGGACGCCCUCGUGUACCUCAAGGAUUACCUCAUCAUGUGCAAGAACUUGGGGGAUGCUGAAGGGGAAUGCAAUGCCUAUGCAGCCCUUGCAACGACCUUUGAAGCGCUAGGCCAUGCGUCUCAAGCGAUGGAUUACCUCAAUGAGUACCUCAUCACCGCCGAGAAAAUACAAAACGUGGUCGCCCAAGCCGAAGCGUGCCGACGCCUCGGGCUGCUGUACAGCGCCGCGCGGAACUUCACCUUGGCGGCGGAGAUGAUGGAGCGCAACUUUGAUCUGAUAAAAAACGCGGCCAAGAGCGACACCGCCCUCCUGGACCAGGCCAGAAUCAGCCUCGGCGUAAUCCGGGCGCACCAAAAGUUCGAUACUUUUGUCAACUUUGUCACAGCCGACGUUGACGGACUGCUCAAGUGGAAGGCGGCUAGGACCAUCGAGCCCAAUGCGUCCUAGUAGUACGAAACGACCAAGGCUGUCAAAUGCCAACAAAUAUAUAUAUAUACAUACAGUAUAUAUUUCGUACUAUUAUACUACU